AUUAUGGUCUUUAUCCGGUAAAGCCAAGUCAGUAGAAUAAUGUAACAAGUCAGUCAGAGCCUGUGAGGGUAAGAUGGAAGUCUUCUUGGGCUUAGGUUGAUCGACUUAAUUUGUUUUUUUUUUCUCUCUCUCCAAUGUUCAUAUCAAAAGGACUUGUGUUUACUGCAGGGUAAGAUAGAUUGAUGCCAUAUUAUAAAAUUUGAGCGCGAGAAAACAUGAAUAAUUUUCUAAAGUUACAGUGAGACAAUGAAAGAGGCAGAAAAUGGCAGUUGGAGUCAUUGGACUCAGAUGGAGAUGAGUUGUCGGAACUGGAGGAUCAUAAUCAUCUAAUGGAAGCCGGAGGAGAAUGAGCUUUUGCCAUGUAUGAUGUUAGAUAAUUGUGGGUUUUCACUCCCAAAGAACUAAAUGCUUAGAAGGCUUGGUGAGUCGAAGUCUAUGGAAUAAGGUGAAGAGAUCAUAAUCACGUUUGCUCCUAAUGGGGAUAAUAUUCUUAGCCUCGAAGAAUUUUAGGGUUAUGAUGCAGUAAAAUCUUCCUUUAUUGCUUACAUCAUAAUAUGGGAAUUAAUUAAUAUUGAAAAUGAAUACUUUAAUGGGCCCUUAGAAUGAUUUUUAUUUUUAUUUUUUACGAAACUUAGUUUUGUAGUUUAAUAUCUAAGCUAGACAAAUGAAUGGAAAACAAGAAAUCAUUGAUUUUAGUAUGAAUAGCAAAGUUGCAUACGUUUGGGACAACAUACUAACGGACAUACCACUCCAUUUGAAACUGUCAUACAGCUAAACCAAUGCAUUUCCCCCCCGAAUUUCUCAAUCUGUUCCCCGUUUCCUUGUGUUUGUUGUUUUUCAGCUAUAUUGCUCUUUCUCCAGCUCAUCAGCUUAGAAGUUCAAAGCUACCCCAACCUUCAUUUCUCUUCUUCUUCUUUCCUUUGUCUGACUUUUACUUCAGAAUAUUUUGAAGCAUUGAGAUCGUGUUUCGGACAACAAAACUUUAGUUGGGCGACAGGUAGGCAAGGUUCUGCAGUCUUCUUCAUUUGCCAAAAACAGUAUGGAUUCUGUGACAAAUCUCCACGCCUCUGUUGGCCAGGGGAUGACCUCUAACGAUGCCAAAGUCUUGUCAGGAUCAGACACUGAGGAUGAUUUCUUCAGCGUCAAAGGAGAUUUCAGUCGAUCUUGUAGUAAUGCCUCAAGCCGCCGAGACAGCUUCAGUGGGUCUUCUUCUGUUCUCUGUCAAGAUCCUUUCAGGAGUGAUCAAGUAGACAAUCGCCCAAAAUUAUUUGAGUUCCUUCAGGACGAAUGCUGGAGUGAAGAAAUAGCUUCAAUCCAUUUGAGCUAUGUUCCUAGUGCCGUCUUUACUGCUCCAGGAAUAAAAGAUGACAGGUUAAAACCAAAGCCAACAGUCCUCCAGUUACCUCCAAUGGAGGAAACUUCAAGUAUCCCUGGAGAAGAAUUAAAGCUCAGUGAUAAAAUAGCUGGGGACCAUAAUCGCAGUCUGAAAAACGAAAAAGCAGCUACUGCUAGUCGCUGCUGCUUUCCCAGUUUGAGUCCAAGACGCAGCCCCAGGGAAGGAAAAAAGGGGAAUCCACCCAAUUGAGCACUAAGGAUGACCAGGAAUAAAGAGAGAAAGAGAUCAGAUGAAUGAAAGAAAGCACGAGUUGGAUUUAGCAAAUCUUACAUGCAAUCUGCCCUCCGACACAAUUUGUUUUUUUUUUUUU